GAUCACUCCCUCAAACCUGUUGAGUAAUGACAAUAAAUUGGAACAUUUGAAGGUGAAGAUUGCCAUUACAUUCAAGUAAGAACGUUGCUCUUCGAGUGAAAAGGACAACAAGAAGAACACCGAAGGACAUCAAAAAGCCGCAAGAGGACAAACUGUGCCACGGCCACGCUGCUGCUCAUCAGCCAGGGUGAUUGGAAACACCUGCCAGCUCUAUAGGGUGUCAGCCGGCGCUGCUUAUUCGGUCCAGGGAUGUGAAAGAAGGCGUCUAGAUGUUGCCGGAAAGAGACGUUUGAGGAAAACGCCUUCCCUUUCCAUCAGCACGUACGCGCCGGAUCCAAGACUACAACCGCUUGGGAGCAAACAUGUGGGAGGAGAACUUUGAUACGGAGCAGUCGACCAGUGACGUCGGCCAGAAGCUCGACUACUCGCCCGUACCGUGGCAAGAGUACUUCGAUCAGAUGGAGGACGUAAACGUGGGCCAGGCCGACAGCCGAGACAUCUUCCGGGUUUACAAAGCGGGACACGAGGGGCCCCUGCUCGUUCUUCUGCAUGGGGGAGGACACUCGGCCUUGUCCUGGGCAGUCUUCACUACCGCCAUCGCUGCCAGAGUGUGCUGCCGGGUGCUUGCCAUGGACCUCAGGGGUCACGGUGACACUCUGGUCCGCCAAUCAGAUGACUUCUCCACUCAAACCAUGUCCAGCGACAUUGCCAACGUGGUCAGAGCAUGCUACGGCGAGACUCCUCCCCCCAUUGUCCUGAUUGGCCACGGGGUCGGCGGGGCGAUUGCAGUGCACACAUCCGGCAAUGAGCUGUUGCCAACCACUGUGGGACUGGUGGCCAUCGAUGUUGUCGAGGGAAGUGCAAUGGAGGCGCUUCACAGCAUACAGAAUUUCCUGAAAGGAAGACCCAAGUCCUUCAAGUCUAUGGACCACGCCAUCGAGUGGAGUGUCAAGAGCGGGCAAAUCCGGAAUCUGGAAUCUGCUAGAGUGUCGAUGGUUGGUCAAAUCAAAAGGUGUGAGGUAGAGGAGACUGACUCUCUGGAGCAGGCCAGCCCAGUGAGCGAUGUGGUGGUCGAAUGCAACGAGGAGUUCUACGACCAAAGCUAUGAUAAAGACAACGCCGCCACGGAGGUGAGCCUCAGCGAAGGCCAGAGUGUCUACAGAUGGCGCAUAGACCUGUCGAAGUCGGAGAAAUACUGGGACGGCUGGUUUCGGGGAACGUCCAACCUCUUUUUGUCCUGCAACCUGCCAAAGCUUCUCCUCCUGGCUGGAAUCGACCGGCUUGACCGUGACCUGACCAUAGGCCAGAUCCAAGGUAAAUUCAUGAUGCAGGUGCUGCCCCCCUGUGGUCAUGCAGUGCAAGAAGACAAACCAGAUAAAGUUGCUGACGCCGUGGCCUCCUUCCUGUUACGGCACAAGUUUGCAGAAGCCAGAAGAGAAAUUAGCUCAAACUCUUUUACGGAAUGAGGUCCACAUGUAAGUUAUCUUUUCUCAUAUGUAAAGAUAUGAUGUUCAUAUGAAACCACGUGUAGAUUGUUAUAGGGUCAGUGUUUAGGUGAAUGCAUACCUGAGUUAGGGGACUCGACUCCCUGAAAUGUUUAAUUUAAAAAUACACCCGGGUAGGACUACCGGGUUUGGAGCAAAUAAAUGGCAUUCAUUUUAGUACAAUGUUUGGUAAUAAGUGUUUGUUUAUAUUCUUAUAAUAAAAUAGCAUUUGUGUCAAAAUAUUGGGGUCUUUUUGGGGUAAAUGUAAAAUGUAUGUAAGCAAGUAAUUUACUGUGAUUAUUCACAAUGAAUCCAA